AUGGCCGAGCGGCUGUCGGAGGAGAAGAUCGCCGAGUUCAAGGAGGCCUUUUCCCUCUUCGACCGGGACGGCGACGGCUCCAUCACCACGCGGGAGCUCGGCACCGUCAUGCGCUCGCUGGGCCAGAACCCCACCGAGGCCGAGCUGCGGGACAUGGUGGGCGAGGUGGACACCGACGGCAGCGGCACCGUCGACUUCCCGGAGUUCCUGUCGCUGAUGGCCAGGAGGAUGCGGGACACGGACGGCGAGGAGGAGAUCCGGGAGGCCUUCCGAGUCUUCGACAAGGACGGCAACGGCUACAUCAGCGCGGCCGAGCUGCGGCACGUGAUGACCAACCUGGGCGAGAAGCUGACGGACGAGGAGGUGGACGAGAUGAUCCGCGAGGCCGACUGCAACAACGACGGGCAGGUCAACUACGAGGAGUUCGUCAGGAUGAUGACGGAGAAGUGAUUCCUGGCCCGACUCCGGCCCCGCAGGGAGCGGAGGUUUCCCCGAGCCCCUCCAACCCCUCCCGCCUUCUCCACACCAUUCCAGGCUGGAAAAAUCUCCCCCCACACCAUUCCAGGCUGGAAAAAUCCUCUUUGGUCCCGGUUGGAAUGUUGGCAAGCAGGGUCUCCGUUGGAUACGGGUGGGAGGGGGACUGGGAUGCAGCUGG